AGUUUAUAUUACUCCUUUAUGGUUUUGUAACCACUGCGAACAAGAGGGGGAGAGGGACGGAGCAAGGGCAAAGCAAUAAUGAUCGAGAAGGCAAAGAAAAGAAAUCGAUCAUGCAUAAAGACCACGGCGGACGUGAUUGUAUCCACUGCGAAGAGGAGAAAAGCCUUGCAAAUUAGAAGAAGAGGCAGAGGAGGGGCCAGAGCAACAGCGACGAAGGCGGAGAAAAGGAAUCAGUCAUGCCUCAUAAAUCGUCUUCCUCGAGAUGCUCUCAUGGCCAUACUUUCUACUCUGCGAGUCAAAUCUCUCUUGCAAUUGAGGUGCGUAUGCAAGUCCUGGUACACUUUAAUCUCCAACAUCCACUUCGUUAAAACGCAUCUCAAUCGAUCCAUCACAAGUUCCAAUAUCCUAAGACAAAGACAACACAUUUUGAUUAGUAAUAACCUAAUCCCCGAUUGUCCCUACGCCUUCAGCCUCGAAUCAGCCGCUGAUAACGACGAGGGCGACAUUGAGGCUUAUGUUGUAGAGAUCGAUUAUAUCGUUGAGAAAGAGCACAGUCCCUGCAGUAUAAUUGGUUCUUGCCAUGGGUUGUUGUGCCUGAAGUUCGGGGCAAGUGAUUUUUAUGUGUGUAAUCUCUCAACCAGAGAGUCCAAGCGAAUACCUGACUUCAAAUUCUCUUAUUGGAAAAAUUUUUAUAUAUUGGGAUUUGGCUAUGAUCACUCCGUCGAUGAUUACAAACUGGUGAAAGGAGACAAAAAUAGCUUCCAUGUAUAUUCACUAAGAACUGAUUCGUGGAAAAAAGUUCAAGGCUUUCCUUCCAAUCACUGCCCUAUCACUCAUGGGAUACUGCUGAAUGGAGCCAUCCACUGGCUCUAUGUUGAUAAAGAUUCACUUCUGCCAACAAAGAUUGUUGCUUUCUGUUUGGCGGACGAGAAAUUCUUGGAGUUUCCCGUGCCUACUCUCGCUGUUGGUAUCGUAUUCAACUUUGGGUUGCUUGGGGGAUGUCUUUGUAUACUACCAUUUUGUGGUAAUGAAUUUUGGCUUAUGAAGGAAUACGGAGUGACACAGUCCUGGACCAAAGUUGUGAUUGAAAUCCCAUCUGUCAGAAUCCAUACAUUAGCUUUGUUGAAGAAUCAUGAAGCCAUAUUAAAGAUAGACUCCAAGAAGUUAGUUCUAUACAACACAAGAGAGAGAACAUACAGGGAUCUGGUACUUCGGGAUUUCCCAGAUGUGAAUAAGAUCCUCAAUGCGGAAGCUUAUGUGGAGAGCCUUGUAUCACCCUGUCAAUAAAUUAAUUCCAGGAUGGAGGAUGACUGGAUAGAUCCUUCCGUUUUGAACUAGUGAUUGAGUGCAUUACAAGAAGUUGCUAUUCAAGAAAAACAAAACAAUGGAGAUGUCUCAUUUGGCCUGACAGGAGAGCAGGAGCUGAAGGAGUUGACUCCUGAAAUUAAUGUAUUGGUUCUUUAGUUAUUUAUCAUUGUUGUAUUUGGGUAUAUUGCUUAUGUUUUGUUUUAAGAUUGUCAUGGAAAAUUACAUAUAUGCAUGUGCAGUGGUUAGAUUAUUAUGUGGGGUACAUUCAUAACUGUACAAGCUUUGUAGUUUCUUCGUCACUGUUAGUGGGUGUCGCCUAAGAUAUAAUUGAAAAACUUUUAGACCUUUUUUUGGAGAAUU